UAACGACGCCGUGUUGAAGGAAAAUAGAGAAAAAGUCCUAACGUGACAUAAACACCGUCGGUCAGAGAGCUCGUCUGGUGCUGAACAGUUCAGGAUCUUUUACAAAGCAUCAGUGAUCGAAGUCAUUUUCUGUCAACGAUGUCUGACUUUGUGAUUUUAUCCCUGAUCCUGUUCCUGGUCGUGUGUCUCAUCCUGACAGUUACUGCUUUCGUGUUUUACUCCGGACUGCUGUCUGAGAUCAGUGUUCGGACCGGAUCUCCGCCGGUGAAAAAGAUUACUAUCGCGUACAAGUUUAAAAAGGGAUCGUACAGGGACCGUGGAUCCGCCUUCACUGAGAGCUGCAGCAUCGCCCCUAAGCUCUGCUCUAUCGGGGUGUAUUAUGACAACCCCAGUGAGGCUGAAGAUGAGUGUUGUCGUUAUGUAGUGGGGAGUAUUCUGAGCCAGGACGAAGAAAAAACGGAUGAAGAGUUACAGCGUCUGUAUGAGAAGUUUGGAUAUCGGGUCAUCUCCUUCCCAGAGAUCACUUGUGCUGUGACUUCUUCUUUCCCUAACCGAUGCAUGCUGUCCCCCAUCUGUGGGGCGUACAGAGUCUUCCCUGAGCUCCACAGCUACAUCACAGAAAGAGGCCUGUCUGCAUACCCCUUCAUCGAGAUCUGUAAAGGGGAACUAAUCCACUACAUGUGCCCACUAGAGAACCAGGACAGCUUUUUCGUGCCUGAACUCCUCGAGAAGCAAACCGAGAGUGUAGAGGAAACAGAGACUGACAAAGAUGCAGACGGCGCUCACGCAGGCUGCACAUCUGAGAGCGGCGUAGCGGUGAUGGAGGAAGACGCUGAGAGCAGCGAGAUGUCGGAGAGAACCCUGCCUGUGGUGCAGCAGAGUCCACCGCUGGAUGAGAGAGAUUCUCAGACGGAGGAAGGCGAUCAGGGGGCCAAAGGCUCCAGCGAGUCUGUAGGAAGCGGUUCGUCUUUUGAAGAACUGGACAUGGACAUAGACGAAGAGAAGGAAAGGGAAGAUGUUGAGGAGGAUCAUGUGGAGGACAAUGACAAAAGAGGGAUCAUUGAAGGAGAGCUUAAUGAGGGAUAGUGUGUGUAUGUGCAUGUGUGAAGUUGUUUAUGAAUCUUCUGUUUCUUGUUUUCUUGUCAGCUUGAGGUACCUCUUAAUCACGAGUCCUAACAAAUGUUAACAGAAGUUUAAUAAUAAAUUGGCAGUUUUUAAAAACACAUACCAGUCUUAUUGCAGGUCACAUAAUUGUUACAUAUCUAACCUUAAAAAAACCUUAAAGGCAUUUCCUCAGCUCACUAAUUCAAGUCCAGUAUCUUAUAAAAUAUCUCAUAAAAGCUGUGUGUUAUUUGAAAAGGUUAUUUUCACCAGGAGACCCUGCUGAUUUUUAUCACAGUUUCUAUCCCUGUUUCAGCAUCUUUGAGGCAAUAAACUAAUGACACACAAAUAAUGUAUUUCCUUACAGUGUAAUCAAAGCCUGUGCUACUGAAAUUAUUUCUGAAGUGGAAAAAAUGUAAAGAAAAUGUAUAAUGUACAAGUUAUGUUUUGAAUUCUAAAUAAUAAAUCCAGAAUAUGUAACCAAACAAUUAUGUAUUUAUAGAACAAAUGAUAUGUAAACAAUGAUAUAAGAUUUGUUUAUCAAUUAUGAAUUAACUGCUCUUAUUUUCAGAUUAUGUAUGUUUGUCUAGUCACUUGUUUUAUAAUGGUAUUAAAGGGAAGUAAGUGUGUGUGUGUUUGUGUGUGUGUUUUUGCUGUGUGUUAACUUUAACUACAGGCUGUUCAUUAUAACUACAAGUUUCUAUCAAUUAGGAGGGAAAUUAACACUUUUUAGCAAACUUUUUAUUUAUUUAUUUAUUUUACAAAACACCCUCUACAUUUUUUUGUAAACACACACAGAGUUGACUUUCCCAACUUUGGUUUCCUGUAAAAUUCCAUUGCAACCAUGCUACAGCUUUUGGAUCCAGCUUUGUGAAUGAUUUCAGUAUGUUCUUCUUUUAUCAAAGGCAUUUUUUAAAGGCUACCUAAAACUAUACAUAUAAUAUAAAGUAAGUAUAAAACAUUUUAAAGACACAGUUAUUGCUUCAAUCAAAAACAGUCCUGUCUUUACUGCAUGUCCCAGAUGUGUUUGUUGUUAACAUCUUCCAAGAAGUCUAUGGAUGGAAAUAAAAUAAUUAUCUAGUCUCUAUUUUUAAA